AUGCCUGUACAACAGUUCAACACAUCUCCUUCCCAAUAUACUCUUUACAACGGUCACCAAAUAUCUCCAACGAAUACCACACCUUCAACUCCCAAUAAUGCUUCACCCACCUCUCCAAGAAGUGGACUUCCAAAUUAUUUACCAACACAUACAAGACAGUUGAGACCACCCAAGUCUCCAUUGUAUGUGCCAGCAGUUUUGCGACCCACCGAUCCACCCAAGAGAAUGAUGAGACAAUCACCACUUACUCCACCACAAAGUAUGCAUAGCAGCUUCGAUGAUUUGGAGAACGCGACAACAUUGACAAGAAGAUCGACUGGAGAGAGUGGAAAGUUUGGAUUGGGCGCAAUAACUGAAUGUGAAUGGAACGUCGAAGGGCUUGGAAAGGUGACAGCAUUGCCGACGAGAAAUCACUGGAAGCCUGAUUCCAAAUCCUCCAUUUGCGAUGAAACAACCUGUACAAAAUACUUCACCUACUUUACAAGGCGGCAUCAUUGUCGGCGUUGCGGAAAUAUCUUUUGCGAUCAACAUUCUGGUUACUCAGUUCCCCUCGAUCAAGAUGCCAAUUAUCAUCCAAAGGGUACACCAAGCCGCUCUUGCGAACACUGCUACAAUGGUUAUAGAAGCUGGUCCAUUGCACGAUCCAGUCGAUCCAAUAGCGAAAGUUCUCAAGAAGAACCUACUACUCCAGUUGUCAACUGUAUCAGAGGCAGAGUAGUUGAUAACCUUCUCGGUGAACAAUUGAAAGGUCCAGCUGAGAGUCUUCCUGCAAGUGUCCCAAGAGAUUGGCACUGGAGUACCUUUUGA